AUGGUUAUCAAGGUCGGCGACGUUUUCCCGGACGCGAUUCUCACCUACCUUCCGUAUGAUCCGGCCAACCCGGACGCCUGCGGUCUGCCCCAGCAGCUCAAGACGCACGAGGCGUUCAAGGGCAAGAAGGUCGUGCUGUUUGCUGUCCCAGGCGCCUUCACGCCGACGUGCUCGGAGGAGCACAUGCCCGGCUAUGUCGCGGGUGUGCAGGACCUGAAGGCCAAGGGCGUGGAGAUCGUUGCGUGUGUUGCGUCGAACGACCAAUUUGUUAUGCACGCAUGGGGCAAGUCGUACAACGUCAAGGAUGACAUCCUGAUGCUCAGCGAUGCGAACGGCGAGCUCGGCAGCAAGCUUGGCCUGGUUAAUGACGGCACCGCGCGCCGCAUGGGCCCGAUCCGCCUGGCUCGCUUCGCAAUCGUCGUCGACGAUCUGAGGGUCACGUAUGUCGGCGUGGAGCCUGCUCCCGGCGUCACCGUGUCUGGGUUCCCGGCGGUGAUGGCUAAGCUCUAG